AUGUCUGUCUUCGUGAAGAUUGUUCACCCAGGCCUUGUUUAUCCUUUCCAGGAUGAAGAAAACGGAAAUCCCUUCGCCUCUCCUCAACCUCCUCUGAGAAAGCAAAAGCGAAAUAUGCUUCUCGAGGAACUGAUGAACAUCAAGGACACAGUCGAACACCUGUCGAUCGGCUUUGAUCUCUGUCCACUUCGUUACGGCACUUUUUGGGACGAGUACGGAGACAUCGAACCAGCGUUGAUGCCAUUCCGGGGCUUCUUAAAGGAAUUCCCCCGUCUUCGAAUGGCAGAGGUGCCAGCGGUCAUGCUUUUUGGCUGGGUUUAUAGCAAUGCACCGAACAUAGCCGAGCUGUUACCCACGACGCUCCAGCGGCUCAGUCUUCGGGAAAAUAUGUCUUUAGUGGAUGGUUACCAGUGGGAGUUGGGUAAUAUCGCGAGGGCCAUUCAGCUAUUUCUUCUCCGUGCGAACACCGCAACUCCCCUCCUGAAGACAAUUACGAUGCGAGCCUCUGGUGUAGGUGAGAAAGAUAACUAUGGGCAGGAACAAGCUGCGGCUGCUUGA